AUGACUCCCGUGUCUUGGACAUCCCUGACGGAGUUGUGCUUGCGUGGUUGUAGUCUCUUUGCUGAAUCCAUGGCUAAUAUUCUACCGGGUUGUCCUCUUCUAGAAAGCUUAACAUUGCGAGGAUGCGAUAAACUGAGUUUUCUUGAUCUCAGCGAAUCAUUGCGUCUGAGAACACUAGAAAUAGUGUACAAUCCUUGGUUUCCGGAGCCAGCACAGAUUGUGGCACCACAUAUCCAUUAUCUCAGAUUGAUUAACCCUCUAUGUUCAUCUACUUUUGUUGAUGGCUCGUCUUUAGCUGAAGCUAAACUCGACAUUCACAAUAUUCUCUCAAUGAUCCCGAACUUCAUCCGUGAUGUUCUUCAUAUUAAAGUCGUGGCCAUGGUGGUAAAGAUGCUAGAAAAGUUGAAGAAUGUAGAGAAGCUUACUCUUGGGGGAAACUUUCUUCAAAUUUUAUCUCUUGCCGAGGCCUGUGGUGUUCCUUUUCCGAUGUUGAAGGUGAAAUAUUUGACUCUUGAGACAAUAAUCUUUCGGUAUGUUAUUCCUGGUAUAGAAAGAGUGUUACAAACCUCUCCUCAUUUAAAGAAGCUAACAGUACGCGCAAAGAAUUACAACAUCAUUCCGGAGAAGGAUCUUGACAACUACUUGAAGCGACGAGGCUUGAAUCCGGAUCAAUGCUGGAGAUCAACAGAUGGUGUCGAUUGGAACAAGUCCCCUUGGCAUGUAAAUUCAAAGCAUAUGGUUUCACUCGUCGAACUCGUGCUUAAAAACACAAAGUCAUUAGACAAUAUAAUUUUACGCAGGUGUAAGUUCCAAGAUCCGAUUCCACCAUUCUUUCACAACAACAAUGUCUCCAUUGUGCUCAGAUGA